GCCGCCUUCUGGGGCUGGACUCGAGCGCCCCGCGAGACGGCUCCGGCAGGGACGCUGACUCAGUGAGCCAGGCCAGCAGAGCCUCGCACCGCAAGCCCUACCUGGUGCUGGUGGCCAAUUACGGCAGCUUCUACCUGCGCAUGGGCGCCGUCCUGUUCGGGAUCGGCAGCAUGAUCUACUCUGGUCUAGUGAUGGGCCAGUAUUUUGAAAUGUCUUCUUCGGACGACUGCACGAACAUUCUGGUGGUCAUCACGCCGGGACUACAGCUGGCGUUCACAUUUGUCCAGAUGUACUUCAUCUUUCUCAACGCCAGUAUGUGCGUGAACCAACACAAGCUGGUGGCGCGGUUCGGCCUGAUGCACAUGGUGGGCACCAAUCUGUGCGUGUGGCUGAAAGUGGUGAUCGAGGAGACCAAGCACGAGCUAGUGCACCUGCUAGGAGGACACGAGCUGGACGGCGACUCCUUGUCGGAGGAGAAAUCUCUCCCCAGCCCGACCGAGCUCUCGUCCGAGAGUCACGAGGACCUCGACUUCCUCCUGAGCGACCUGGAACAUUUCCGGACGGCCGUGGAGGGCACGGCGCUAACCAAGUGCGUGCGCUCGGACAUCAUGGGUCGGCUGGUGGACUCGGCAGCGCCGUUCCUCUUCCCCUGCACCAUCGAGUACUCGCUGAUCUGCGCCGCCACACUCUACGUCAUGUGGAAGAACCUAAACAAGUUGAAUACGGUGUGCGUCAUACGCGACGUCAGCCUCUCCACGCUCUCCGAGAAGAACAGGAAGCAUCAGUAUUCGGUCGACUGCGCCAGGGCUUCAAAAGGUCUGUUCCUGGGCAUCCUGGUGUUUGUUGCGUCAGUUAUUUCUCUGAUUCUGUUCUUCGUGCUCAUCAAUAAGAGCAGCACGCGAGGAGUGGCCAUCCUGAGCGCCAGCAUGACGGAGCUGGUGUUGUACAGCGUCACCGUCCUGGCUACCCUUGUCGGCAUGGUGCAGAUCCAGCGACUCAGGUACGACACAGACAGAAACAUAGAGCUGGACAACAUCCUAUUGGUCGUGGCCCAAACUGGAGUUUAUUUGUACGCUUCAUUCAACAUCAUCGGCUCACACUUCUCCGGUGACGUCUACUAUCUGGUCACGGGCGUCAUGUCUAUUGUACAGGUUACCGUGCAGACCAUGUUCAUACUGGACGCUUCCUGCCGUCAGGCCUACAGAUCACGCCAGGUGCGAGACAAGCCCGGCCGGGAGGUGGUCACAUUCCUGCUCAUCUGCAACCUGGCCAUGUGGUGUAUCAACACGUUCGAGACGUCCCGCUCCGACGCGCACCCAAAGCAGCUGCACUUCUUCGGCUUCUGGGCGUGGACCAUCAUCAGCCACGUGUCCAUGCCGCUGGCCAUCUUCUACCGCUUCCAUAGCACUGUGUGCCUCUGCGAGAUCUGGAAAAGGGCGUACAAGUACAAGCCGGAGGCGGUCUGAGCGCUGAGAUGUUAUCGCUGGCCAUCUUCUACCGCUCCCAUAGCACUGUGUGCCUCUACGAGAUCUGGAAAAGAGCGUACAAAUACAGGCCAGAGGCGGUCUGAGCGCUCACAGGUUAUCGCCAUUUGGAACGCGAUCAGUUCUUGGUGUGCUGGGAAGAGAAGGAUUCGAUUUCCCUUUGAUAAUGAAUUGUGCCCCGUUCCCAGUGCCACAUGGCUUUUCGGCCAUUUAACCAAUGUCAUGUGAUGUUUAACCUGCCAUUGUGAUUUGUUCUGUGUCCAGCCGUAUACCCGCGUCUCAUAUCGAACUAUUUGAAUUGUUCCGCUGUGGAGGAUUUUCGUCGCCGUCAUGCAUCUCAACACAAUUUGGUUGUCAGCUGCACGACAGAGCAACUUUUUUAAAAGGAUUUGGGAUUCUCACCCUUUGCAUGUAGAUUUGCCAGUGCCUAACUAAUGAAAACAGCCCGGAAAUGGUGGUAUACGUCGGGUUCCCUCAACGCUUUUUUAAUGAUAUGCCGAGUGCGAGUGUCGAACGUGAUGUUUGGAUUUGUGAUCAGCUUUUAUUUAUCAUAAAAUUUAGUUUUAUUUGUGGGUUGGAAGCGCGCUCGUUCUAAGUGCAUGCACGUAGAUCUGACCACAUGACCAUUCUGUGCUGGCGUUGGACGAUGUAUCAUUAUGAACGACGUAGUGAAAUUGACCGGUAUCGCAUGUACUCGUGUAGCAGCCCUUGUAUUUUCCUGCUUUGUAUGUAACGUGCGGACUGACCAGGCCUUCGAUGUGCAGUUCAAAUAUAUUCACAGUUUGCGCAUGCUUUAUAAUGA